AUGGAUCCCUCUCCAGCCAACACAACGUAUGAAUCAACCUCUACUGCACGCUGUUCCAAAGUGGAGGUUAUUAUGACGGAGCGGCUACGGAAGGUGGAUGCCCAGGCCUCUGUUGUUUUGUCCGCUAUGGACUCGAAAAUUAGCCAUUUAGAGCUGUCAGAGCGCGGCGACACCGUUGUUGACCUUGCCAUCCACUGUGACCCCGCAACACCCCCUUUUGCCGUUCUUCUUUUCAGUAAGCUUCUAGCAAUGUCAGGUCACCCUGUUUCGGUUCAAUUCUAUCGCCAUUCUUCGUUGUCCUUCCUUCCAAACAAGUUGGCCGAAAUUGAGCGCCACUUCUCAACACCAAGCCGAUUGUCUUCUGCUAAAUUCAUCCUCUCUGUCAUUUGGAAGCCUCUUUCUUUUGGCUGUAAGGGCAUCUCUAAUCCUUUUACACAGUUACCUGUAUAUGGCCAGGCGGUAAUUCUGCUGCUUCUGAGUCGCAUGGACUUGCAUGGAAGCAAUGCCUUUGA